GUGUGUGUACAUGCACGUUUGAGGAGCCACAGUGCGGAGGAAUACAGUGAUCCGUGUAGCGGUGGUUCGUCUCCAGCCAGUCUCUCUCAGCUCAGCUUCAUCCUUCAUUUCCUCUCUCUCUCUCCUCCUGUAGCGUUAGCAGACCAACAUCCACAACUCACAGCAGACAUGGCUGACCAACUAACAGAAGAGCAGAUUGCCGAGUUCAAGGAGGCCUUCUCCCUGUUUGAUAAGGACGGAGAUGGGACCAUCACCACCAAGGAGCUGGGCACUGUCAUGAGGUCACUGGGUCAAAACCCAACUGAAGCCGAACUCCAGGACAUGAUCAAUGAGGUGGACGCAGAUGGCAACGGGACCAUUGACUUUCCAGAGUUCCUGACGAUGAUGGCAAGAAAGAUGAAAGACACUGACAGUGAGGAGGAGAUCAGGGAGGCAUUCAGGGUCUUUGAUAAGGAUGGCAACGGUUACAUUAGCGCAGCAGAGCUGCGUCACGUGAUGACCAACCUGGGAGAGAAGCUGACAGAUGAGGAAGUAGACGAGAUGAUCAGAGAAGCAGACAUCGAUGGAGACGGACAGGUCAACUAUGAAGAAUUUGUUCAGAUGAUGACUGCCAAAUGAACUGGGCUCCCAUUAAAGACAAAGAAUCAGUCAAAUGUUUCACUUACCUCUUAUUGCAAAAAUCUACAUUUAUUCAUACUGUUCUGUAUAGACAACUUAAACUGAAUGUUGGAAAACUGAAAAUCUGUCCAUAUAAACAAGCUCAAAAAAGGUAAAAAAAGACAAAAAGAAAAAUUCUAAAUGAAUCUGCAUGUACUUGGCUUGUAUUCCCCGCCCCCCAGCGCUGAGCUGCCCAAUCAGAUCUUAACUCGUUAGCCAAGCAGCCUCUCUGCAGCUGGCUGGUUAGGCCACUGCUCCUCUGCUUCCUGGAUCCAUCUGCCUGAUGUCAUGAUGAUUACACGGGCUGGCCAAUCGCCUUUCUUCUAUGACUUCCUGUUUUUCUUUUUUUCUGUUCUUCAUGCAUGCAGCUUUAGAUGGGUUACUGUUGAGAGCCCAAUGGCAGACGGCUGUUGUUGGGCCUCAGGUUGGCCUGGGACCCACAGAGAGGAGGGAGGGGUUAGUUGAAUGAUGGAUGGGAGUAAGUGAACCAGCGGAACCUUUGCAGUUUGCUUACCUAAAUGAAGUCAGUGACAACAGAGAUAUUUUUAAGAAAAAUUUUAAAAUGGAAUAACUAAGAACUCAUUUUAGAUUCUGUGUUUCUGGCAUGUCAGGAUACUUGCUUUAUCCUUUGUGUGUUCACCUUUUUUGAGGGGGAAACCUGGGUGGGGCAUAGAUUUAAGGCCUUUGGGUGUUUGAUGUGUCCCAGACUAUGUGGAGGGGUUGGGUGGGCUUUAAAAGGUGAUGAUAUACAAAAGCAACGUUUGGGGCAAUGUGGUUAUUACUGAAGCAUGCUUAGGUACAGUAUAUUGCCUCAAAGGUUACAUCUAUCAUGAUUCUACGGGGGGUAAUUUCAGUUUAGUGGGGACGGGGUCGGUGCUUUGCGGCAUUUCUAUCUUGUGUUUGUGUGAGUUUGCCUGUGUAAGUGUGUGUGUGUGUGUGUGUGUGAGUGGGUGGGUGGGUGCGGCGAGGCCCGGCCCAGUCCAACUGUUCUGUUCAGUUCAGUUGAUCUGCAUUCCAAGUUGUACAUGCUAGUCUUUACAUUUUGUUUUUCCAAUAAAAUACCAUGAACUAA